GCGACAUUUCAUUUUGAAUUAUUGGAAAUCCCGCUCCUCCUCCCAUUUUAAAUUCCUCUCCUCAAAAAUCCGUUGGCAAACCCAUAUCAACUCGAUCUUCUUCUCACUGGAUCUCCGGACAGGGAAAUAGUUUCAGAGCCGGCGACAGAUUCCGACAGAGAAAUUCUGAGCCCUAAGAAAUGGCGACAAAAAUUGGGAUGAUGGAUUCGGCUUAUUUUGUUGGAAGAUCGGAGAUCCUCUCCUGGAUCAACUCCACUCUUCAUCUUAAUCUUUCCAAAGUCGAGGAGGCAUGCUCAGGUGCGGUUCAUUGUCAAUUGAUGGAUGCAGCUUACCCAGGGAUGGUGCCGAUGCACAAGGUCAACUUCGACGCGAAGAGCGAGUACGAAAUGAUUCAGAAUUUUAAGGUCCUCCAAGAUGUCUUCAACAAACUAAAGAUCACUAAGCAUAUCGAGGUGAGUAAGCUUGUGAAAGGAAGGCCCCUUGAUAAUCUGGAGUUCAUGCAGUGGAUGAAACGUUAUUGUGAUUCCGUUAAUGGAGGCGUUUUGCAGUCUUACAAUGCUUUGGAAAGGAGAGAAACUUCCAAAGGAGGAAAGGAGGCAAGCAAAAAAGGCAACACAUCACAUUCUUCUGCGAAAGGUUCAGCAGCAGCAUCCAGGCCUCAGGUCUCUCAGAAUGCUCGGAAAAAUGAAGCAUCAGCUAACUCAGGAAAUCAGGCAGCACAUGUUUCUAAACCUCCAUCUCAUGGGAUAACUGCGUAUGAUGAACAGAUCACGACGUUGAAGCUGUCAAUCGACAGCCUCGAGAAAGAGAGGGAUUUCUACUUUGCUAAGCUAAGGGAUAUUGAGAUACUCUGCCAGAGUCCAGAGAUUGAAAAUUUGCCCGUAGUUGGAGCUGUAAGGAAGAUACUGUAUGCUGUAGAUGAUGAUGCCUCAGUGGUAGCAGAAGCUCAAGUUAUGUUGUCCGCUCACCAGAAGGAAACAAUAAGCCACUCAAGUCCAAUCUCUGAAGUGCCUUCUGAUGAGAAGCUAAGCUUAGAUACCCAGAAGAGAAAAAAUAUUAUCAAUCUUGAUGUAGAUGUUGCUGGCAUAACAACUUUGUCUCCCAGGCAAAGGGUGACCGAUGCUUCUGACGUUCAUUGCAGUGGGUCACCUCUUAUGACCUACUAACAAGAGAACACUCCUUAUUUUAGCAGUACAAUUCAAUUGCUAGGAUUGUCAAGUUUUUUGUCUCAAGAGUAGUUUUUCAGAUUUUCAUGAAGUUGUUCUUUAUGUAGACUUUUACUGAAGACCCUUCGGAUAUAAUAUACUCGGGAUGUUUUGUUCAUGGCCAA